AUGAAAAAUAUAGGCUGUGGCCCUGCGUCUAAGAUAUUGCAUGGCACUAUAACCUCUAAAGACAAAUCUUCAAGCGGAUCGUCUGCUAAUGUCACGUGCGACCCUGGAUAUAAGGCUAAUAUAUCAACAGUUACAUGUAAGAGUUCUGGAGAAUGGGAGUCGGCGAAAUGUUCUGCUAUAGAUUGUGGUUCAGUGCCAGUGAUUGUGUUAGGCAAGAUAACUCUAGUCGACCUUAACAACGCAACAUACGGAGCUUCUGCUAAUAUCACAUGUGACACAGGUUAUACAGCAAACGUUUCGGCAGUAUCAUGUCAAAGUUCGGGAGUCUGGGAGACAGCUAUAUGCAAAGCAAUAGAUUGUGGCCCAGUGCCAGAGAUUUCAUUUGGAACGACCAAACUCAUCGACGAAUUUAACACUACAUAUGGAGCGUCUGCUUAUCUCACAUGUGACACAGGUUUCGAAACCAACGUAUCGAACAUAACGUGCCAAAGUUCGGGGCUAUGGGAGACAGCCGUAUGCAAAGCAAAAGAUUGCGGCCCAGUGCCAGUGGUUCCGUUUGGCAGGGUUAGUCUUAUCGACAACGGCAACACUACAUACGGAGCUUCUGCUAAUGUCACAUGUGAAACAGGCUUUGAAACAAGCGACCUAAAAAUAAAAUGCCAGAGUUCGGGAAUAUGGCAGACAGUUAUAUGCAAAUCAAUAGAUUGUGGCCCAGUGCCAGCGAUUGCAUUUGGAACGACCAAACUCAUCGACGAAAAUAACACUACAUAUGGAGCGUCAGCUUAUCUUACAUGUGACACAGGUUUCGAAACUAACAUAUUGAACAUAACAUGCCAGAGUUCAGGACUGUGGGAGACAGCCGUAUGCAAAGCAAAAGAUUGUGGCCCAGUGCCUGAGAUAGCAUUUGGAACGACCACACUCAUCGACGAUAACAACACUACAUAUGGAGCGUCUGCUUAUCUUACAUGUGACACAGGUUUCGAAACUAACGUAUCGAAUGUAAUGUGCCAAAAUUCAGGAUUGUGGGAAACAGCUGUAUGCAAAGCAAAAAGUAACUUAAAUUGUUUUCGAUUUCAUUUAUUAAACUGACAGUCCUACGUUCCCUCAGUGUAUGUUUGAAUAGAGUGCGUUUUAUAACAAACACGCCAUAAUCGGCAUAACUGUUUAGAAAAUAUAAAAUAGCUGUCUGUAUGUUAUGUAUGGUAUGUUAUGUUAUAACAUAACUAUCUUUCAAAUAAUUAUGUUCCAUUACAAGUGAUUGGCUAGUUUU